CAGAAACUACAGCUCUACAAUGGCGAAGGCGGGAAAGAUUGCCCGCUUGCGCGAAGAAGACGACUCAUAGAGAGAGAAAGAGAGAUGUCGAGCGUACUAGUUCUUGACAAUGGCGCUGGCCUGAUUAAGGCCGGUAUUGGUGGCGAACAAGAUCCAAUAGCAGUAGUCCCAAACUGUCUCGGUAAGCCGCCUUCCUCAAAAAAAUGGCUAAUAGCCAAUCAACUCCAAUCAUCAACAGAAGACCUAACCUCAACCGCAAUCAGACGUCCUUUCGAUCGAGGUUAUCUAAUCAAUCCUGAUCUACAACGUGAAGUUUGGUCUCAUCUCUUUUCAUCCGUUCUCAACAUUACUCCUUCACUAUCCUCCCUCCUCUUAGUUGAACCUCUCUUCAAUCUACCUUCAAUUCAACGCUCUCUCGAUGAGAUUAUCUUCGAGGAUUUCGGUUUCAGAUCUCUCUUCGUUGCCGAUUCUCCAUCUCUCGUACACCUUUACGAAUCCAAUCGUCAGCCUAAUAGUCUCAUUUCUAGGGCACAGACUAGUCUUAUCGUUGAUUGCGGUUUCUCCUUUACUCAUGCCGCGCCUGUUUUUCAGAACUUUACUGUUAAUUACGGUGUUAAACGGCUUGAUUUAGGAGGAAAAGCACUAACGAAUUACUUGAAGGAACUUGUUUCGUAUCGAUCUAUUAAUGUUAUGGAUGAGACGUUUAUUAUGGAUGAUGUUAAAGAGAAGACGUGUUUUGUAUCGCUUGAUGUCGCUCGUGAUUUGCAGUUCGCAAGGAGAAUUGGAAGGGAUAAUAUAUUUAAGUGUACUUAUGUUCUUCCUGAUGGUGUGAAUCACACUAAGGGUUUUCUGAAAGAUAUAGAUCAAGCUAAGAGAUAUACUUCACUAGAAGAAGAAUCUUGUAUGCAAAUUGAUGAUUUGACUGUAGGAAAUCAAGAAAGCAGAAAAAGAGUUGAUCCAUCACAAACUGAGUUUACCUUGACAAACGAGCGUUUUCUUGUACCCGAGAUGAUAUUUCGUCCAGCUGAUUUAGGAAUGAACCAGGCUGGGCUUGCGGAUUGCAUUGUUCGAGCUGUUAAUUCAUGCCAUCGAUAUCUUCAUCCAGUACUCUAUGAGAGCAUUGUUUUGACUGGUGGUAGCUCGUUAUUUCCCCGGUUUGCUGAAAGAUUAGAACAGGAGCUUCGGCCACUUAUCCCCGAUAAGUAUCAAGUGAAGAUAACAACUCAAGAAGAUCCUAUAUUGGGAGCAUGGAGAGGAGGUUCACUAUUAGCAUCUAGUUCUGAUUUCGAAAGAAUGUGUGUGACCAAAGCCGAAUACGAGGAAAUGGGAUCGGCUCGCUGCCGUAGACGAUUCUUUCACUAACAAAAGCAAAAUCCUGAAGAUAUAGAGAAGAUAGCAGUUAGUUGUAUUUAGGAAUAUCUUUUUCAUAGUUUAGUUUGUGGUAGUAAGAGUCGGCUCCUGCUGGGAACCAAAAUAUUUAUUUAGAAGCUGGAGAUGGUGCUAGUCGGAAAAAGGCUGUGAGUCCAUGCAGAGAUGAAUCAAUUUCCUUUGGUACUGGCCGUAGUAUUCCCCAACAGCAAUAACUUCAUCGUUGUUGGGAUCCAGGCCAGGCAAGACAAACAAUUUUCCUUUUGUGGUGUUUGCUUCUUCCAUGAAGUCUAAGCUGGCAAUAAAAUCUGCAUAGAUUUCGUGGCAAGCAAGCAUGAACAUUGCUGCUGUAUCCGGUUGCUGAGCAUCCCUAAGUGCCAUUAAUGCGUCUUGCAAUGAACCCGCUGCUACAUACAAUAUCAAUGCCCUGCAUUCUCAAAAUUGGUAUUUAUUUUAUGGGCCAUUUCUUUCUUUUUUUAAUGCUUUUUAAGUUAUUAUUAUAUACAUCAUACAUACAUACCUCCAUAUGUUAUGUUCAGCGUGUAGGACAUGACCUGCCCAUCUAUGCAACACCCUGACCAAUAUAACAUAAUAACACAAACAAGUUAGAUUUUCAUGAAACUAA